GGGGGGGAGGGGGGGGGGCAGAGGAAAAGACACCUCACUUUGACCACGGAACAGACCAGGUUACGGAAGGAAUUGGUGGAGAUGGGACGCAAGUUCAACCCCAACACGCUCAAGGUCCAGCUGAAGCUGGCGGUGAACCGGCUCAAGCUCGUCCAGAACAAGAAGAGCAACAAGAACAAGGCGGCGAGGAGGGAGAUUGCCCAGCUGCUCGAGGCUGGCAAGGAGGAGUCGGCGAGGAUCAAGGUCGAGCACAUCAUUCGCGAGGACUACACUGUGGAAGCCUAUGAGAUUCUCGAGCUCUACUGUGACCUGCUCCUUGCCCGAUACGGUCUUGUCACCGCUCCGGGCGAUGAGUGUGAUACCGGCAUCCGCGAGGCCGUCGAGACCCUCAUCUGGGCCGCCCCGCGGGCAGAGAUCAAGGAGCUUCCCAUCGUCCGCGAGCAGCUCAUUCGUCGCUACGGCCCCGACUUUGCCAAGGCUGCCAUGUCGGCAGACAACGAGAUCAUCAACCCGCGGGUCCGCCACAAGCUCUCGAUCAUGACCCCCGAGGUCAAGCUUGUCAACUUGUACCUCUCCGAGAUUGCCAAGGCCCACAACAUCGAGUUUGACCCGGGGCUUGAGCUCGAGCCCAUCGUCAACCUGUAUGGCACUCCGCCGCCAAGCGGCCCCGCCCCCGGCGGGCCGGGUGCUCCCGGCGGCGGCACCGGCGGCCCGGGCGGCCCGGGCGUCUCCGCCGACCUGCGCGGCCUCUUCAUGCCGGGCGCCCCGGGCAUGCCCGCCGCCCCGGGUGCGCUCCCGGCCUCGACCUUCCUUGACCAGCCGGUUCCGCAGAUGCAGCCGCCGCUGCAGCCGAUGCCUGCCCACCAGCCGACGGCUAUGCCCAUGGGCCAGCCCGGCGUCGGCUACCCGGGCAUGAUGCAGCAGCAGCCGAUGGCCCCGCAGCAGCCGGGCAUGAUGCACUUUUCCUCGCCCGAAGAGCGGGCCCAGUACGAGCAGUUCCUCGCCUGGCAGCAGCGGCAGGCCAUGAUGCCCGCCCCUGCACCCGCCCCGGCGCCUGUCAGCGAUUCGCUCCCGGCAUACACCCCGCCGGUCGCCGGCAAGCCCUCGCCGCAGCCGUCGCCGCAGCCGUCGCCUGCUCCCGCCCCGGCCACCGAUCCCGCCUACGUCAGCCCAGGCGCACUCCCGCCAGGCUACCAGCUGCAGGCCUCUGGCCACACCCCGGCCAACCCGGCAAACCAGCCGCCGCCAGCCUCGGCCUCACAGCCGAGCGUCAACGAGUUUGGCCUCCCGAUUGCCCCUUCUGGCACCCCCACCGGCGGUGCGGGCUCGGGCAGCAGUGGAGGUGCCGGUGGCGGUGCCGGUGGCGAUGAAGACGUGCCCGACUUUGAGGACCUCGCCGCUCGCUUUGCCGCUCUCAAGCGCAACUAACCACCUCAUCGCGCUCCGUAAACCCCAACACAGCCCA